AGUAGUAUUUUCGCAGUGAGCGUUAGAAAGGGGAAAGCUAGCGUUUCAAACAUCACCGAGCAGGACUCUGAGCAUCUCCUCCAGACUGUGGGAAAAGCUCGCUAACUCUUUGCGCCACAGUUCACCUUCAGAUAGCAUAGGUAUUGGUUUGACGGAGUGGACGUGGGACAGCUGCGGCGUGAAAAGGAGAUCUUUGGUCGUGAGCACAAACCGUCACUCAGCUACGAGGCCAGAUCAGAGCUUGGUGAGGCAUCCGAAUGUCUCGGGAGAAAUCAGGACUGAUCACGGGAGGUUGCAUUUCUCUAAUCCCAAUUGUCCUGCUUCGCCUAAGAUGCCCUAGGCGGGAGAAGGAAAUGUAAAUGGCUUCCAAAGUAAAAGAUGCUGUUGUUUGGUACCAGAAAAAGAUCGGAGCCUAUGACCAGCAGAUUUGGGAGAAAUCAGUGGAGCAAAGAGAAAUAAAGUUUAUUUCUCUGGGCUUGAGGAACAAGCCAAAGAAGACUGGACAUCUCAAACCAGAUCUGAUAGAUGUGGAUUUAGUCAGAGGUUCAGCGUUUGCCAAGGCCAAGCCAGAGAGUCCGUGGACGUCCCUGACCAGGAAGGGCAUCGUCAGAGUAGUCUUCUUCCCGUUCUUCUACCGAUGGUGGAUUCAGGUCACCUCCAAAGGCAUUUUCCUUCUCCUGUUGGCUCUGUAUCUGCUGCAAGUGGCAGCAGCCGCCCUGUAUGUGUCCAUCUCUCAGCCUCAUGGGAUCCCAGUCACAGAGGUGUUCGGAGCCAUCUGGCUCAUGUUGCUGCUGGGAACCGUCCACUGUCAGAUCGUCUCCACCAGAACCCCCAAACCCACCUCCAGCAGCGGGGGGAAGAGACGCAGGAAGUUGAGGAAGGCAUCUCAGAUGGAGGUGCAUAGGGAAGGAGACGGGUCUAGCACUACCGAUAACACACAGGAGGGGGCGCCACACUCUCACUCAGCCAGCACCACAUACAGCCUGGGCGCUUUCUUCCAAGAUUUCUGGCAUGAUAUCUGUAAAGCUGGAUCUAAGAAGUCCAAGCUGUCCAUCGAUAAAUCGACAGAGACAGAUAACGGCUACGUGUCUCUGGAUGGUCGGGUGACCAACCGCAGCACCGAGGGGCUUCAGCUGCCAGAGCAGAAAUGUGACCUACUGACCCGGCCAGACGAGGCGUGCUGGACCCCUCACAUCCAGCCCUCAUACUCUCACGCACCGCACAGCUCAGGGCUGCUCAUGGCAGGUGGCAAUAAGGAGCCUGCAUCUGAUGAAGCUUCUAGUGAGGAGGAUCCUGAAGCGUCCUACAGCGCCCUCCGCAGGGCAUCCGAGAGAAAGAACAGCGACGGUACACUCAGAAACCGCAAAAACACACAUCUUUACAAGAAACACUACGCUGUGGAGGAUGUUCCCAAAUCCGGCACCAGCUGCAGCUCCAGAUGUUCCAGCAUGAGAACCCAGGACUCUGAGAGCACUCGGCAUGAGUCGGAAACAGAGGACCUGAUGUGGGAGGACUUCCUGCACUGUGCAGAAUGCAGGUCGUCCUGCACCUCAGAGACAGAGGGAGAAGGAGGAGGGACAUCUGUAUGUCCUCCAUCUAAGAAGGAAUACAGGGACGACCCUUUCCAUCAGAGUCAUAUUCCCUGGCUGCACAGCUCCAACCCUGGCCUGGAGAGGGUGAGCGCCAUCGUUUGGGAGGGAAACGAAUGCAAGAAGGCCGACAUGUCCGUCCUAGAGAUCAGUGGAAUGAUCAUGAACAGAGUGAACCUCUACACUCCUGGUAUUGGCUACCAGGUGUUUGGGAACCUGGUCUCAGUCACACUCGGACUCACACCGUUUGUCUACAGGUUGAUCCAGUACUGCGACCUGGAUCAGUUCACCACGCUUUCAGCCAAUGAGAUACUCUCUGUUGUUUUGGGGGGAGGCUCUGAAUCUGAUGCCUUGGUGAUCACCAUGGUAACACUCAGCUUUCUGGUGCGUGUUUGCCUUAUAUGGCUCUUCUUCUUCCUGCUCAGCGUAGCAGAGAGGACCUACAAACAGAGGCUGCUGUUCGCCAAACUGUUUGGUCACCUGACGUCGGCCCGCAGAGCCAGGAAGUCUGAAGUCCCACAUUUUAGACUGAAGAAAGUUCAGAACAUUAAGAUGUGGCUGUCGCUGCGCUCCUACCUCAAGAGACGAGGUCCUCAGCGCUCAGUGGACGUCAUUGUGUCCUCUGCCUUCCUCCUCACUCUGUCAGUGGUCUUCAUCUGCUGUGCCCAGCUUCUCCACGUCCAUGAAACGUUCCUGGAGUAUCACUAUAACUGGGAGCUGGUGAUCUGGUGCACCAGUUUGUCUCUGUUCCUGCUCAGGUUUGUCACUCUGGGCUCAGAAACCAGCAAGAAGUACAGCAACACCUCCAUCCUGCUCACUGAACAGAUCAACCUCUAUCUAAAGAUGGAGAAGAAGCCGAACAAGAAGGAGGAGCUGACGCUGGUCAAUAAUGUUCUGAAACUGGCUACCAAGCUACUCAAGGAGCUGGACACUCCGUUCAGGUUGUACGGUUUGACCAUGAACCCUCUGCUCUACAACAUCACCCAGGUCGUCAUCCUGUCUGCUGUGUCAGGAGUCAUUUCUGACUUACUAGGAUUUAAUCUCAAGCUUUGGAAGAUCAAAUCAUGACAAUAAAGAGAAACUGCAUCUCAGUCUGGACAUAUCAGUUUCCUGACCUUCUAUGUUUCCACUUUGUGCAAUUCAGAUUAUUUAUUUACCCUCUCAGUGUUUCUACUUAAGUUUUGUUUUAAUUCUAGGUUGUACAACUUUUGUGUUCAUGUAACACAAGACGAAGCUAUUUUUGCCUUCUGGAAAACACGUUAUGAACAUAAGUUAUGUUCUCAGCUGCACAUUACCUUCUUUUCUUUUUUUUUUUUAACUCAAAGGCAAAACAUGAAGAGGG